UUGUCCGCAACGAUGUCUCAUCCCGAGACUGGGUAAAUCUUAACGACGCCAUGGCCCCGAGAGGCAAGUACGGACUUACUCGUUGUUAAAUUGAACUGAUGUCCAGGUGCUAUUUAUGGUGGCAAUCACACGAGCUUUCACUGUGACGGUGUUUUGUUUUUGACCAUUUGCAAUAGUUUCUCUUCGUAAUGAAUUACUAUUUAGGAGAUUGUAGUGAUUACAGGACAUCGUUUGAUAUAUUUGUGAUGUUUUGAGAUUUUAUUUCUUGUUAUAGCCUAUGCAAUAUUGACUUCGAGCAUUCUGGGUAAAUCACGUCGCUUGUUUUCCUGUUAAGUUUCGUUUUCUGUUGUGAUGAUGAGCAGACGGCUGUGCACUGAAAAAAGAGAUAAUUAAUUUACCCUCAGACAAUUCCUGCAGUUAUCCUGAGUAUAAUCCAGUCCUUGACAUUCAGAGAUGCAAUCAUUGACGAAAAGGGAUCUGCGUCCCAGUGCAGAGCUUUGUGCCUGAGCUGAGUUCUUCAGACCAUUUCCCCCACGGGACCACCGAGCAUUACAGAUGAUGUUGAAAUCGGCCACCGCUCCUGUAUAUAAGCAAGACAAGUGGAGAUCUCAAGAUGUUCAGAAAAGAACAACAGACGAUGCUUCUACUUCAAUUGUGUCUCUUAAUGGUGCCAGUCACCAGCACCUUGUCCGGCCCAGAGGUGGUCCCCUAUAUGACGCUCGGCACCAGGGUCCGUAGGAAUCCGGAGGACUGGACAUGGGGAUCCCAGGAUGGCAACCCACCUGGUCCAGGCACUGUCACGGGAGAACUUAGCGCAGUGCACUCAGGCUGGCUAACAGUGAGAUGGGACAAUGGCCGUUCCUACUAUUACCGCAUGGGCAGAUCGGGGAAAUACGACGUUCAACUAUUAUUUCCGCCCACCACCACAGCGAUGACUACAACUACUUUGCCGACAACAACUACUUUGCCGACAACUACACCUGAACUCACAACCCAAACAAGCCAAGUUCACGUGAUCUGUAUGGAAACAUUAAUGGCCAUCGAGCUGGAGAGAUCUGCUGCCAUCGGGCUCCAUGAAGACCACCUGCAGCUCAGCGACCCAAACUGUACACUCUACUCAAAUGGCACGCACAUUUUAGCCAACAUGUCGCUCAACGCUUGUGGGACCUUAAUAGAGGACGAUGGAGAAAAUCUCAUCUUCAAGAAUAAGGUGGUAUCAUUCGAUGACCUCAGCGACAUCAUUGUCAGGAGACCCGAUGUGGAGAUUGAGUUCUUCUGCAAGUACCCCAAAGAAAGUGAAGUGAAAAUUGAGUUUGAGGGUCACAGGCCCCCCGUUAACUUUACAGAGAAUGGUUUCGGGGCAUUUACCCUCCAGUUUGAGUUUUUUGAGUCAGAUCAGUUCACCCAGGAGAAGACCACCUACCCACUGGAAUUCGACCUGGGACACAUGAUGUACCUGCAGAUCGAGUCUAUCUCCUCCAUCCCAAACACGGAGUUGUUUGCUGAAUCUUGCAGAGCUGCUCCUAGCGACAAGCCAGGCGAACGUCUUUCCUAUAGCAUCAUUCAAGAUGGAUGCAAGGUAGAUGAAACUGUGCAGAUGUACUCCAACAACCAAUCUAAAGUUCAGCUGUCAAUGAAGGCCUUCAAGUUCAUAGGACUGCAUGACCAGGUGUUCAUCACCUGCUCGGUCAUCCUGUGUAAGGCUGGGGUGCCUGAGAGCAGGUGCUCUCAGGGUUGCACCCGCAGCUCAGGGCACAGAGUCAAGAAGAGGGAGGUGCCCAUGCAGACCACCAAGCACUCCGUGUCCCAGGGUCCCCUGCGCCUCAGACGAAACGUGGCAACCGCCAGCAAAGCUGCCCAACCAACCCUAAACCUAAACCUUGUUCUUGUUCUUGGGAGUCUCCUGGCAGUUGUUGCUAUGGUAUGUGGAAUGCUGGUUUACAAGACUCAAAGGUUAAAGGUCAAAUAUGAGAUACUGCCAUCCUCUGAAUGAAACAGUGGAUUACUCCUGUUAUCGAUCCCUGUAUUGCUUCAUGUAUCAGAGAAAUCAAGUGACUGCUUUUCAUAUUGGACCAUAUUACUCGCGAUUUUGUUUUUGAAAUAGACCUCUGAAGUUCGCCUACAAAAAAGCCACCAUCUUUGCCCAAAUAAGGAGAUCCGGUCUCUUUCUAUGGGAAAAUAACAUGGGUAUUUUGAAUUUUCGCACCUGUUAAAGUCUCACGGGGACGAAGUAAUUGAAAAUGCAGACGUUUUGUGCUACAAAGUUUUGUCCUCUGCCUUCAAGUGGAUACUGUGAUCUUUGGUAGGGGAAGAUGGCACACUUAGAUCUUUGCUACCCCAGAGCUAAUUUACAAUGCAACUUGCCAUAGGCAGUUCGCUUCAAUUAACACCCGGAACUCCUUAUAUGGGCAAAGAUGGCAGCUUUGGAUCCUGUGCGUAGGCGAACUUCAGAGGUCUAUUUGCUCAGGGAAAUAAAGGGAUGUGAUACAUUGAAUGUACUUGGGUGGGAUUAGGAGAGCACUAGUACUGUUUCUCUUAAUCUGGGGUUAUGCUAUUAUGGUGGUAGAGUCACUUUUUAUGAUGUGAGAUCCAUUAAAUUACAUUUUAGGUGGUUAGUCCUUCAUCUCAGAAUGAUUCAUUAUACUGUAUGGGGUUGCUCUGAAAAAAAUAUGUACUGUCAUUUUCCUUCCUUGCUGAAAUAAAUAAUGUAUUAAUUGAUCUAACUUUUUUUGACUAAGAGUAAUUCAUGAAGCAUUUUUAACCCUAAAAGUAGCACCUACCGUAAUUUCCCGACUAUUAGCCGUGGCUUAUACAUUGAUCAUUGAUUUGCAUUGAUUUUGCAAAAUGUCUUCAUCUAUGAGGUUAAUACAGGGGGGCAGUUCAUAUGAUGUUAAUAUGGUUUUGUUUCUUUUAACUUGCAUAAAACACUGUCCUGUGGCUAAUACAAAAUGUGGCUUAUAUGCGGGAAAUUACUGUAAGUCUAGGACAGCUUAAAAGAAGUCGAGAAGACUCCUAACUCACUAAGACCUAUUCACAAACAAUCCUAAACCGCUUUUAGUGGCUUUUCAUGACUUGAUGUUUUGAAAAUAACAUGUGGUUACAGGAGUGCUCAAUUGUGAGGGAAUAAUUGUGCAUGGUAAGGGAUGCAAUAACCACCAACAACCAAAACCAUCAUUGCAUGCAAACUAAAUGUAACGUGUCAUUGUAGAUCAAAUUAAAUUGUUUCUCCUCUUUGUGAAUGUAAGUGUUUCAUACAGAUUCAUUUAAAACAUGUUGCAUGAUACUGCUUCAGUCUGUAGUGUAUUUCAUUAUGCUACUAUGCUAUUUGCUUUGUCUUUCUCUUUAUCAAUUUAAUGUAAAUGAUGUCUUUUUCCU